GCAUGCCGACGUCCAACCAUGGCUGGCCUGAUGAGUUUGGCUUCCGGCUGGGCGGGAAUGGACCGAGCUACAUCCUGUCUGUGGAGGAGGGAAGCAGUGCUCACCUGGCUGGGUUGCAGGCUGGAGACCAGGUGCUGGAAAUUGAGGGCCACGAUGUGUCAACGUUGCCGCCGCUAGCCGUCAUUGCCAUCGCCCAGACUCAGAAGAACAUCCCCCCUAGCAUCGGGGUUGUGUCCCGCAUACAGCAGAUGGACAUCAUACCUGGUCCGGAUGGUCGAUUGGGGUUCACUAUUGUGGGAGACUGCCCACUGCUUGUGGAGGACUGCUCGCCGUGCUCCCCGGCAGGCCGUGCGGGUUUGAGGGCGGGCGACUGCAUCAUGGAGGUCAACGGUAUCCCUGUCAGGCAGCACGAGACAGCUGCAGCUCUUGUCAAGUCAUCCCAAGGAAGGACACUUCGUCUGGGCGUGCUGGGACUCGGCGCAAGGCAGCAACGUAGCAUCAGCCUGGAUGACAGUCAGAUCGGAGGGGAAGGCGCAAGGCUGGACCGCAAAUACAAGGCUCUGGAGUUCAACAGGAAGGUGGAGCAGAUUUUAAGGGACGAGCCCGAAGUGAAGGAGCAACUCUUUGGCGUGUUGAAGCAGUACGCAGCUGAGAAGAAAGUGGAAUGGUUGGCUUCCGUCUUGCCCGAAAUCCUCACCACUGAUGACCAUCGACAGCUCAUCUCCAGCAUCAGGAUCUUCAUUCCCAAGAAGCACCGGCAGCGCUUCGACGAGUCCGUCUCCCAGAACGUGAUCAACAGGCUUUGUCGCAGCAAGAGCAUCAGCGAGCCGCAAGGCAGGAUACGGCGUAGCCGGAGUGAGGACCACUCGGACCGCCACCACAGGGGCAAACGUGCCAGCUCGGUGCCCCGUGAUGGAGGGGACGCACCUGGAGGGAGGGGCGAGCCGGAGAGAGAGAGAGGUCACAGGAAGUCAAUCUCGGGGGUAGCCACGCAUCCCCCCAUUGGACCCAAUCAAAGACUCUUACGCGUCUACAGAGGGAAGAAAACCUUCGGUUUCACACUGAGAGGUCAUGCUCCAGUCUGCAUCGACUCCGUCAUUCCAGAUAGUCCUGCUGAAGAAUGUGGACUAAAACCAGGCGACCGCAUCCUCUUCCUAAAUGGACUGGAUAUGAGGAACUGUUCCCAUGAGAAGGUGGUGUCCAUGCUGCAGGGCAGUGGUGGGAUGCCGACUUUGGUUGUGGAGGACGGCCCGUCUGAUUACUCGACAGAGCCCACAGAACCGGAAGAAACUCCCAGCCUGUCUUCUAACACACUACCACGCUCGAGAUCUCCGGUCCUAAGCUCCCUUCAGUGGGUGGCGGAGAUCCUCCCACAGAGUAUCAAAGUCCACGGGCGAACAUUCAGCCAGCAGCUGGAGCACCUUUUGACCAUCCAGGAGAGAUACACGGUCUGCAAGUCUCUGGAGACCUUCUUCCAGCACAGGAAUUUGGACACUCUAAUAGUGGAUGUGUUCCCAGUGUUGGACACGCCAGCCAAGCAGCUGAUCUGGCAGUUUAUUUACCAGCUGCUAACCUACGAUGAGCAGGAACGCUGCCAGAACAAGCUGUCCCGUUUCCUGGGUUUCAAAAGCAGCGCAGUGUUAGAGCCGGACGGACCAGAGCAGCACCGGCGGAGCAGCUCCAUGCGAGUAUCCGGCAGCUCAUAUCGCGGCGGUUGCAUGCGAGAGAGGAGUUCUGAUGACUGUAUCAUCGGCACUCACCUGGGAAUGGGAAUUCAUGUGGAUGAAUGUGCAAGCCAGGAGGAGAGGCAGUCAGGAGACGGAACCUCUUUCCCCGAAUCCCCUGAUCUAAGUCAUAUGUCAGGUGUGUACACUGAGUUGGAGAACGUGUACGCAGGAAAAAGUGUGUCUCCGCUGCAGGGGUGCUCCCCGGCUGAGCCCGAGGGACCCGGACAGACUGAGGCCUAUGGCCGCUCUCUCUCCCCCCUCACACUCCCCCCGCUAACAGGUAACCGUAAAUCGGGCCUGUCCCUCACCUGGAAGGAACCCCUGCCCACCCAGGUUUAUGGGAUCCACCAUCAAAGCAGUGUGGACUCCAACCCUUAUGUCAGCCUGGAGAGCCCUCCCGCCUCCCCCCAGCGCAGCCCCAACACGUUGAGCCGCCGCACGAAGCUGUUCACCUUCUCCCGCCCACCUCGCAGCAGGGACACGGACAAGUUUUUGGACGCCCUCAGCGAGCAGCUGGGUCACCGGGUCACUCUCGUGGAUGACUUUGUGGCGGGCGAGAACGACUAUGAGGAGAUAUAUCAAGGUGAUUGUCAAGGUUUCAGAAGGAGUGUGCCUAUGAGCUAUCCAGAGGAUCAGGACAUGGGCUUCAUGCCUCGACAGUUCAGUCGUGGCAGCAGUGAAGAACACAGUAGCAGCGAUGAGGUUUCUUCUCCCGGCUAUUCUUCAGGUUCAGAGCAUAUCCCACCUCCUCCCACCCAGAGCCCCCCGCCUCCGCCACCGUUCCAGGCCUUGAUACCACCUCCAGUUCAGUUCACGGACCACAGGCCACCAGUCCGCUUCUCACCAGAACAUGUCCCCCGCAGCCGGAUGCCUUUUCAUCCUCAUCACCCCAUCAUCCCCCCUCCUCCACCGCCUCUGAGGACCCUCCUGUCCAACCGCUCCCCUCUCCACAAGGGGCUGCCCGCCAGAGAAGAGGCAGGCGACCUGCAGCGCUUCCAGGCCCCAUCCGGUCGUCAGUCACGCGGCCACACCACCCUCACAACCACCACAAUCUUGCGCUCGUCCCGCCCUAGCUACCUCCCACGCCAGCUGAGCCAGCCCCAGCCCAUCCGCCAGCCAUCCCCUCAGCCCUCCCCUCAGACACUGCGCCCGAGCCAACUCGUCCUGCACAGGCAUCACACGCUCCACCACCAGCACAGCUACCAAGGCCCGUUGCCGCCAUCCCUCGAAGAUCACAACGCAAUUCGGAGUGAGAAACAAAGCAGAGCUACGUCCACAAUUCAUUCAAAGUCUGCGCUGCCCUGCCGUGUUAAAUCCCCCCGUCAGGACGAAGAUUCCCACCAGGCACCCCCGCCUCCUCCUCCACCUUUGCCCCCACCCUGUGACCCGCCUCCGUUGCCCAAGCCGGGCCACGCGGCCGACACCAACCACAUGAGCGUGAAGAGGCUGCGCUGGGAGCAGGUGGAGAACUCCGAGGGCACCAUUUGGGGUCAGCUUGGGGAAGAUUCCAAUUACGACAAGCUAACUGACAUGGUGAAAUAUUUAGACCUUGAUCUACACUUCGGUACUCAACGCCGAUCUAUGUCUCCUCCAGAGCCCAUCUUCCUGUCCGAGAACUUAAAAAAAAAAGACGUUGUGGAGAUCCUGUCACACAAGAAAGCCUACAAUGCAUCCAUCCUCGUGGCCCAUUUGAAGCUUUCCCCUGCCGAGCUUCGCCAGGUCCUAAUGGACAUGACCACGGACAGACUGGAGCCCGCCCACAUCAAGCAGUUGCUGCUCUACGCCCCCGACGAGGAUGAGGUCAAACAGUACGAGCAGUUUGAGCAAGAUCCGGCCAAACUGAGUGAGCCCGACCAGUUCAGUUUCCAGAUGCUUAUGGUGCCCGAGUAUAAGACCCGUCUGCGGAGCCUCCACUUUAAGACCACCUUGCAAGAAAAGACGGAGGAGAUGAAAGUGGCCUUUGAUUGCAUCUACAAGGCCUCAGUGGAGCUGAAGACCAGCAGAAAACUGGCUAAAAUUCUUGAGUUUGUACUUGCGAUGGGAAAUUACCUGAACAACGGCCAACCCAAGAGCCACAGGACCACCAGUUUUAAGAUUAACUUUCUCACCGAGCUCAGCACAACCAAAACGGUGGACGGUAAAUCCACUUUUCUCCACAUUUUGGCAAAGUCUCUGUGCCAACAUUUCCCAGAGCUGCUCAACUUUUCCAGAGACCUCACCGCAGUUCCUCUGGCGGCCAAAGUGAACCACAGGGUGGUAACCACAGAGCUAAGCGACCUUCACACCACCAUCCAAGACAUCAGAGCAGCAUGCCUGAAGAUCCCCCUCACCUCUGAGGACCGCUUUUCUUCCGUCAUGAGCAGCUUUCUGGAGAACAGCCACCCUGCCAUCCAGUCUCUGGAGUCCCUGCAGUGCCGAGCAAUGGAGGAGUUCUCCAAAGUGGUCUCCUUCUUUGGAGAAGACAGCAAGUCCACCAGCACAGAGGCCUUUUUUGGUAUUUUUGCAGAGUUUAUUCACAAAUUUGAGAGAGCUCUCAGUGAGACCCAGACUCCAGAAAACCCUAGAAGUCCCAGAUUGUCCUCCCCACUGGCCUGGUAGAACCAGCAGAGUCUGAUCUCCAAAACCAAAGUGCCAAAAUGACACAUGGAUGGUGGCAGGCAGACACUACAAACAAGAUUGAGCACUUUAUCUACAACAACAAUUGAGAUAUACCAAUUGUGUAGAAGUACUGUUAUUUCAGGUGCUUGAUUUUAAGCACUGGGAAACAUUAUUCAUCAGAUAAUGUGUUCAUAAAUGACUUUGAGCCUAGAUAUAAGUACGAUAUAUUUAUUAAACGUGUACAUAUAAUAUCCUAUUAUGAUGGACGAUGAUUCAACAUUUUGGAAAAAAAUAAAAAUCUUAAAAAAGGAAUGCUAAAGCUAGGAAUUAGGAAAUCAUUAGCACCACAUAGCUUAGCUUAACUUAAUGAGAUGUCUGCCGACUACCAUUUUAAUCAAAAAUAUACAAGCAUCUCUUAAGCAAAGGUUUUAUCUAUAGUUUUUACCUAAUUUAUCAGAACGUGACCGACGCAUUUGAGUUAUUUUUCAUAGUAAUUAAAGGCCUACUGAAAUGAGAUUUUCUUAUUCAAACGGGAAUAGCAGGUCCAUUAUAUGUGUCAUACUUGAUCAUUUCGCGAUAUUGCCACAUUUUUGCUGAAAGGAUUUAGUAGAGAACAUCGACGAUAAAGUUCGCAACUUUUGGUGCUGAUAAAAAAGCCUUGCCUUUACCGGAAGUCGCAGAUGAUGACAUCACCCGUGUGAGGGCUCCUCACAUCCUCACAUUGUUUAUAUUGGAAGCCUCCAACAAAAAGAGCUAUUCGGACCAAGAAGACAACAAUUUCUCUAUUAAUUUGAGCGAGGAUGAAAUAUUUGUGGCUGAGGAUAUUGAUAGCGAAGAACUAGAAAAAAUAAAAUAAAAUAAAUAAAGUAAAAAAAAAAAAAGGCAAUUGCAUUGUGAGCGAUUCAGAUGUUUUUAGACACAUUUACUAGGAUCAUUCUGGGAAAUCCCUUAUCUUUCUACUGUGUUGCUAGUGUUUUAGUGAGAUUAUAUAGUACCUGAUAGUCGGAGGAGUGUGUCCACGGGUGUCUUGAUGCCAAUCUCUGAGGGAAUUAGUCACGGCAGCAGCAGCACGACAGAAGUUCCGCUGAGCUCCGGUAAGAGGCAACUUUUUACCACAAUUUUCUCACCAAAACCUGCUGGUUGACAAGGGGCCGGGAACCAUGUUCGCUUGACCGCUCUGAUCCAUAGUAAAGCUUCACCUCCGGGAAUUUUAAACAAGGAAACACCGUGUGUUUGUGUGGCUAAAGGCUAAAGCUUCCCACCUCCAUCUUUCUACUUUGACUUCUCCAUUAUUAAUUGAACAAAUUGCAAAAGAUUCAGCAACACAGAUGUACAGAAUACUGUGUAAUUGCGCGAUGAGAAGAGACGACUUUUAGCCGCUAGUGGUGCUGCGCUAAUAUGUUCCCUCCAACUCUAGACGCCAAGCGCACGCGUCAUCAUACGCGUCGUCAUUCCGCAACGUUUUCAACAAGAAACUCCGCGGUGGGUAGUAGUGGGUUUCAGUAGGCCUUACUUCUACCGACCACGCAGUCUGAUAGUUUACAUAUCAAUGAUGAAAUAUUAACAUUGCAACACAUGCCAAUACGGCCUUUUUAGUUUACUAAAUUACAAUUUUUAAUUUCCUGGGAGUUUCGUCUUGAAAACGUUGUGUAAUGAUGACAUAUACGCAAGACGUCACGGGUUUUUAGGAAGUAUGAGCGCAGCGCACACACACAGCUAAAAGUCGUCUGAUUUAACGGCAUAAUUACACAGUAUUUUGGAGAUCUGUGUUGCUGAAUCUUUUACAAUUGGUUCAAUUAAUAU